GAAAGUCAUAGCAAGUGAAACAUUGAAACUGGAGGGUAUCAAUACCCCUUUGUCAUAGUAGACAGGUUCAGUAGGUAAAUGGAAGCACAAAAAUUCCAUUUGAAAUCUUAAUGGGUAAGCCUUUUCCCACUCUGUGGACAAGGACUCCCUUAGAUCACUAUACCAGGCGAUUUGGAUCAGAUACGGGAACAAUAUGUAACUGAAUUGAUAAAGGUUUUGAAUAGUCACAACAAUGAUGUUUAUCUCUCUUUUCACAGAAACCUACACAUCCAUAUUAACCAGGAGACAUUGUGCAAGACUCCAUCCAAAGAAAGGGGGAACCACCCCAUACGGAGAUCUCACGACCGUGAUAGACAUCACCAGAACCGCAGUCCUAACAUCUGACAGCAAUCAAUGGAUACACAAAAUGCACCUAAAGAGGGCCCCCACCCCGUGAGGAUUACUCCACAGGAUACACCAUCCUCAGAUGACAACGGCUACUGACAUUUUCCAUGCUAAAAAUGACUCUGAAGUGCAAGAUUCUGAUAUUGAAACACAUGUCUCUGUAUAUGCUUAUGUUACAGAUCAAAAUGCUACUAGACGCAUGCGAAAGAAUUUUGCUUCCAUAGUUACUCACAAUGUAACUGCAAGUGACAUAUGCUAUAACAUGACUUGUAAUGUUAGCGACAUCACUGUGUGCAUUCAGGCACGUUUGACUAAGAGUACUGACCCGCACCCAGUGUGCAGUAGGAUGACUUCUCAAUGCAUCAAUAUCACCACAAUUAUGUCAUGUAAUAAUACCAUCCUGGCACCUAGUUUAGCUAAGCAUGUGCCAAUGCCCAGAGGUUGGUUCUGCUCUUGUAGGAACAACUCGUUUAAUUACAUUCCAGCCAAUAUUUCUGGUGGACCCUGUGCAUUAACUAGAUUUAGUUUAGCUGUUCAUACAGCCCACCCCAGACGGACCACCCAGGCCCAGCGCCCUAAUAGAGGCACAGAUUAUGAAUACAUACCUAGGAUUGCAAGACACUUAAUGUCUAAGUCUGAAAUAAUAGCGCUAGGAUUCUCACUGGUAGAAGUACCAGGAUUGACUGUAUAUCAGGGUAAACAAAUUAAUAAAAUCGUUUGCAUCAUAGUUAAGAGCAUUAAUGCUACCAGCAUUGCAAUUGCAAAUCUAUUGACUGACAUAGGAGACGCUAGAAAAGUUGUACUACAAAAUCGUGCAGCGAUUGAUUAUUUGUUUUUCAAGCAUAAUCAUGGUGGUGAAUACUUUGAAGGCUUAUUCUGCUUUAAUUUUGUCGUUAUUAUUAUCAUUUGUUUGAUUAUCAUUCAAUGUGUGCCUUCAUUAAUCCACAUGUGUUGUUCAUGUUAUAAUGAUAUAACUUUAAGUGUUAUCACUUCGUGAUAAAAGGGAGGGUACCUAAAAUUCUCCCUCCAUAGAUUUCAUCUU